UCCUUACCAUACAUCCACACACAUACACACACACACACACCCAUUGAAAAAUCCAGACGUCUUCAACGACAACCUAACGCUCAAACCGGCAUAACGUCUUCAACAGACAUGCCUACGUCGAGUAAUAAUUGGAUGAUUUCGCCUUCCCUAUCCCCAUCCCCAUCCCCAUCCCUCCUACUUCCACACACGCCCGCCCUUCCCGCAUACAGCUAGCGCGCCACACGCGUGAUGUCCUCUGCGUGGACCGGCACCUCGCCACCACAGCAGCAUCAACAACGACCGAUCCGGAUCGCCAUCCUGCUAAACUCGUACCGGUCGCGGCUUCUUCCCGCGAUCCGGGCGUCCUACGAGCGCACCAUCGGGGCCGUCGCGCCAGACGCGCGGCUAGCCUUCUACGAGCCCGCGAACAAGAGCGGCGAGUUCCCCGACCCGGCACAUUUCGACCUGAUCGUCCUCGGCGGAUCCAACGUCGAUCCGCGGAAGUCGCACCAGUGGAUCCUCGACGUCCACGCCUUCGUCCGCCGCCUCGUCGCCGACUUCCCGGACAAGAAGGUCCUGGGGAUCUGCUGGGGCCACCAGACCAUAUCGCGCGUCUUCGGUGGUAAGGUCGUUGAUGCUGCGCAUCCAGAAAUGGGCGUAGCGACUAUCAACUUGACGGAGGCGGGAAGACGGUUCUUCCCCGAAGCAGCCGCCGUCGGCUCCUUCAAGCUGCAGCAGCACCACAGGCGGGAGGUCGCCGUGCCGCCGACGGCAUUUACACAGCUAGCGCACGGGAACCAGUGCCUGUUGAACAGGACGAACACGGUCCUAACAUUCCAAGGACACCCGGAAAAGGACGCCGAGACGGCGCGGCUGCGGCUGCACGACUCGAUGCGGUGGUUUGGAUUCGACGCCGCUAUAGACGAGAAGGCUUGGGCCCGGCUACAGGAGUUGAUCUUCAUGGAGCACGACGGCCCUGCUGUCUGGAAGCGUAUUUUGGAAUGGGUUUGGGAGCCACCGGUUUUGGCGCUAGGGUCUGGGAUUGUAGAUAAACCGAGCAAAAUGUAAGAUUAUUUCAUUGUUUGUGGCUUUGAUGAGCCUGAAGUGAGAUUAGAGGUCAAUAUAUAGGUAUGUAUCAAUAUAUAUAAUCUUUAGAGGUCAUAUAAACUGGGUUAUUGCGUCGGCUCAACGCAGCCAAACUUGGGUAUUUUAAUCAGGCGCUGUACACCUAUUAUUGAUUCCAAACUACCA